GGUUUACUUUUUUGAAUUAAAAUAAGCAUUUAAGAUUAAACAACGAUUCCUGUCACCGACUCACCCGGUCUGCUUCUUUUUCCUCUUCUUCUUCUUCUUCUUCUUCGCCUUCUUCUUCCCAAACAAGCCUUUCAGCCUCGUAAACAAUUUACAACCUCAGUGGUCAGCACGGCCUCUUCUCUUCUUCUUCCGCGACCUCUCCAGCGUCUUUCAAUUCUUAAGCACGUCUUUCUUGCAGUUGAUAAUGGCAGAAGUUGGGGAGUCUUCUGGCGCGAAGCCCUUCGAGGAAAUUUGGGCAAGGCUCGAACCAUCGGACACAAGAUAUUCGGCCAUCGAGCUGAGAUCAAAUGAGGAAGUAAUACGCUCAGAGAUCCUAUCAUCUUGUUUUGAGAAGCACGAAUGGUGUAAAAUAACGAGGAAUCCUGAUCUGCGUUCUGCCACAAUGCAAAAUCUGAGUUCAAAUGAGAUACGUGUUGAUGAAGCUGUUAUCCAUGAUGAAGGUUCUACUGUUAUCGAGAGUGGAAGUGAAAUUUUUCCUGGUCCUGAUAGAGAAGGGUAUUUGAGCUACAGAUUCGAAGUAGCACCUACUGUUGAUUGCUGGAAGAAACAGCUAAAGAUCUGUUUGGAUGCUGAGCACGCAAAAUGCAGCAUUUGCCUCAAUGUAUGGCAUGAUGUUGUGACUGUUGCCCCUUGCCUUCACAACUUCUGCAAUGGAUGCUUUUCAGAGUGGUUACGAAGGUCUCAGAAGAAACAUGCAAGUGUUCUCUGUCCACAAUGUAGGGCCGUUGUACAAUUUGUUGGAAAAAACCACUUUCUGCACGCAAUUGCAGAGGAGAUACUGAAAAUGGAUGGUUCAUUGAAACGAUCUAAUGAAGAAAUUGCACAGUUAGAUUCUUAUGCAUCGAUACAAUCAAAUCUUGUAAUUACAACUGCAAAAAAGCAAGGUCGGAAGAGAGCACGUUUACCCUUGAAUGGGGAAGAUGAUGGCAUGGAGCUUCCAUGUCCUCAAUGUGGCGUUGAAUUUGGUGGGUUCCAAUGCAAUCGGAAUACUGCCCAUCUACAAUGUCAAGCAUGUGGAGGAAUGAUGCCUUCCAGGACCAAUAUUACUGUACCGCAGCAUUGUUUGGGAUGUGAUAGAGCAUUUUGUGGUGCUUAUUGGCAUGCUCAGAGGGUUCUUGAAAGUAACUCCCACCCAGUGUGCAGCCGUGAGACGUUGAAACCAAUCUCAGAACAUACGAUUACAAGAAUUCCAUUUUCAGCACAUGAAAGCAAUCAACAUGAACAAGAUAUUACAGAGAGGUGCAUUAGACAAAUGGGGAGAACUCUGCAGGAUGUUAUUUCAGAUUGGAUUGUCAAGUUGAAUAACAGAGAAAUUGAUCGUACGAGGAUGCCACUGAAUCACGCAGAGAUGAUAACUUCACGGACCCAUGUUUGCAAUGAUUGUUACGACAAAUUGGUUUCAUUCCUCUUGUACUGGUUCCGAAUUUCUAUGCCUAAACAUCAUCUCACACCAGAUGCAUCUAAAAGGGAAGAUUGCUGGUAUGGAUAUACAUGUCGCACCCAGCACCACAACGACGAUCAUGCUCGGAAAAGAAACCAUGUUUGUCGUCCAACUAGGGGUUCUAAUAUGUAAUGGCAUUGUACUUAAAUUUAUAUGGUAUUUUUUGUACCUUAAUGACUAUGUGUGCUGCCCACUGGAUCAUGUGAUGGUUGAGACUGCUUGUGAAUUUUCGAUGCAGCUUUUAUCUAUCGCAUUCCUUUGUUCUUCUUCCCCCGUUGUACAUUAAUGAAUUUUUUGAGGCAUCUCUUAUGGAUUAAUUCAUUGAAGCUAAUACCCAAAAGCUCUUAAAGCUUGUGCUGCUUUGCCAAAAA